AUGGCUCCAACACCCAUUUCCGCCCUCGGUAUGGCCCUCAACGGCAAGUCCGCAUCCGUCGACAUUCCCAAGCCGCGCGACGCCAUGAAUGGCCGGGACAACUUCACUGCUGUACCGGUCGCUUCCUCCAAGAAGCAUUCUGGCAUGUUGCCUACGCCUCCCAACUCCAUCUCUCCCAACCUUCCGCCUCAUGGCCGUCACGCAAGCGACCAGCAUGGCCCAAUGUCGCCAAAGAGCACUCAGCUGGACUCAGACAUUGACUUGCAAGAUGCCCCUGAUAAACCACAACUCACUGCGCUGAGCGCUGAGGCUCUGGAUAGCUUGGGCGACUUGGACAGCGCCGGGGUUAUCACCCCCAGCAUGUUGGCCAAGCAUCACCUCCCAGAUAUCUUGUUGUCUCAUGGCCCUCUAGCCAUCCGACAUAUCAUGGGCUACCUGACAACCUCAGUGCCAGGCUUUUCUCGCAUAACUUCUGCCAAAGCUCGCCGCUUGGUUGUGGCUGCGCUGGAAGGCAAGGGCGGCGGUCCAGAGAAUACAGGCCGUGAGGGCGAUGUCCUUUUUGAAAAGGUUGGCUGGGGAAGAUGGGAUGCUCGCAUCAAAGGCCAGCCACCUAGAGAGCGUCAAGCAUCUACCAUGACCCCCCCGGGCAGUCUACCAUCAUCCUACUCCCAACCUGGGCUUCAGGUCCCCGGCCAACGAUCCUGGCGUACUGGAUCCGAAAACUUCGGUACCAGCUACACUGGCAACUCCGCUAUCUUCUCUCAUUCAGAAAUUGAGUACGAGGAUCAAGACAUGCUAGAGCACGAAGCCGACAAGAUGUCUUUAGAUGGCAACGACGACGGCUACGUCUCCUCUGUCGCUCCCGAACCUCUUGAUGAGGACCUUGGAGACGGCGAAAUCACCGACGAGGAAGACUGGGCGAGUAUCGGCGCCGAGGCACUGCGUGCACGGUCACUUCCCAUUGCAGCCCGAUCCGUCUCUGGUGCUGGUCGGCUUUAUCAGCCUAUUGCGACGUACUCGUAUCAACCAAGAUACCGAUCCAAGACUCCAGCUGAACUCGCCUAUACUGCCCCGACUAAGCCGGGGACUAUCAAUACUUCCACCCUAUGCUCAAUUUCAAAGGACGCUGGCGUCAAUGACUCCCAGGAACGAGUUGCUAUCGAAGCACUCUUGAGUCUUGGGUCCAUGUAA